UUGAAGUGGUAGAGAGAGAGAGAAAGAUAUCACCAAUCCCUCCUCCAUAAUCCCUUCCGAUUCGAUCCAUCGGCAUUCCGUUCUUCGUCUCCCGUUCGAAUUCUAUGUGACUUGAUCGGAUCGGAUUGAAUUCUUGGAUGCAAUUUCUCCGCAAUUGAUCGAUAUAGAGAGGCAUAGCCGCGGCGGAAGAUGUCCGGCGCGGUCAAGGCGGUGGAGCAGCGGAUCGACUUCCCCGCCAAGAUGGAGACACCGCCGACGGAGGCGGAUCAGAAGCAGCAUCGGAAGCAGGGCGGUUGCAACCCGGUGAAGAAGCCAGGACCCGUGUCCAUGGACCACGUCCUGCUCGCGCUGCGCGAGACCAAGGAAGAGCGGGAGGCCCGGAUCCGGAGCCUCUUUGGCUUCUUCGACAAGGCAGGGCUUGGCUACCUCGAUUAUGACCAGAUCGAGACUGGCCUGUCCGGUCUCAACAUCCCUGCUGAGUACAAGUACGCUAGGGAUCUCCUUAAGGUUUGCGACUCCGACCGCGACGGGCGCGUCGAAUACCAGGAGUUCCGUAGGUACAUGGACGGCAAGGAGCUCGAGCUCUAUCGAAUCUUCCAGGCCAUCGAUGUUGAGCAUAAUGGCUGUAUUUUGCCCGAGGAACUCUGGGAUGCCCUCAUCGAGGCAGGGAUUGAAAUUGAUGAUGAAGAGCUUGCUAGUUUCGUGGACCAUGUUGAUAAGGAUAACAAUGGGAUUAUAACUUUUGAGGAAUGGAGAGAUUUUCUUCUACUUUACCCUCAUGAAAUAACUAUGGAGAACAUCUACCAGUAUUGGGAAAAAGUUUGUCACAUUGAUAUUGGCGAACAGGCUGUUAUCCCAGAAGGGAUAAGUAAACAUUCGAAUGCAGCCAAAUACCUCAUUGCAGGUGGUGUUGCUGGAGCAACUUCUCGUACCACCACUGCUCCUCUUGACAGGCUUAAAGUGAUUUUGCAAGUACAGACAACACAAGCAUGCAUUUUGCCAGCAACAAAAAAGAUAUGGAGAGAGAGCGGUUUCUUGGGGUUUUUUAGGGGUAAUGGUUUGAAUGUGAUGAAGGUUGCACCGGAAAGUGCAUUAAGAUUUUUUGCAUUUGAACUACUGAAAGAUUAUAUAGUUAAAGCCAAAGGUACUGAUAAGAGUGAUAUUGGUGCUUCUGGCCGUUUGAUUGCUGGUGGUUUAGCCGGUGCAGUGGCACAAACUGCUAUCUAUCCCUUGGAUCUUGUGAAAACUCGACUACAGACUCAUGCAUGUGAAGGCAGUAGAGUUCCCAGUCUAGCCACUUUAACAAAAGACAUUUGGGUUCAUGAAGGGCCUCGAGCUUUCUACAGAGGGGUUGUACCAUCUCUUCUUGGAAUUAUUCCAUAUGCAGGCAUAGAUCUUACUGCAUAUGAGACCCUAAAGGAGAUGUCUAGAACAUAUAUUCUUAACAACACUGAACCAGGCCCUCUUGUGCAACUGGGUUGUGGAACUAUCUCAGGUGCUCUAGGUGCAACGUGUGUUUACCCUUUGCAGGUUAUUAGAACGAGAAUGCAGGCCCAGCGUGCCAACUCCUCUACUUCUUAUAGUGGGAUGUCUGAUGUGUUCUGGAAAACCUUUAGAAAUGAAGGAUUUGGGGGGUUCUAUAAAGGGCUAUUCCCGAACCUACUCAAAGUAGUGCCAUCUGCUAGCAUUACUUAUCUAGUUUAUGAAACAAUGAAAAAGAGUCUUUUCCUUGAUUAAAGGAACUUUCCAAAUUUUUCUCCAUAUCCCACCAUAAUUGACAUGGCUGACUAUAAGUAUUAUGAUAAUGAAGAGAAGAUUACAGUUAGGUUAGGUGCAUCAAUUGUUUCAGUUGUGUUAUUGUAGUUUUCUACACAUUAACUAAAGGUUAUUAGUGUCGGAGGAGCUCCUUUUCCAAUGGCAUUUGGAGUUUAUAGGCAUGGGCAAGCAGUAUAGCUUCAUGAGUCAGUGCGAAUACAGCGUUAUGUUCUUAGAAGCAUGGUCCAAGCAGCAUCUCAGAACUUAUUUAACUAAAACAAUUGUAUUAUUAAACAUGAGGCUCUUUCUACUUGAAUUCUUGAGCUUUCUUAUUUGCGGCAGUAUCUUACUCCUUGUGGAGUUCAUUGGUCAUCUUAAUUACCUAUAAACUAGCUGAAUAAAUGGAAACUAGACUUGUUGUCACUACAACAUCGAUUGAGAAAGAGCUUGAGAGAAUAAAUGUUGAUACCCCAA